CUUUGAUAUUUCUUCUUGCUCCUUCUUCUUCCCUUGGCUCAACAAUGGAGUUGAGAAUUCUUCCUCCUGAGUUUCUGCCGAGAGAGGGAGAGGAUGAUCUAAUCUACUCUCUCUCUCUGUCGGUUCUUCUUCUCUCCCAAUCCCUAGAUUACAAUCGUUCCUCUCCUAGAUCUAUACAUCUCCGCCUGAAUUCAUGGAAUCUGAUUACUUUCUUUACGAUUCCAUCAUCCCUGAGACGGAAUUUCAAGACAUUGGAGUUGAGGACGAGGUGAUUCACCUAUGUUCCACCUCUGACGCGAAGAAGGAGGACGAGGUCAUCGUCAUCCAUAGCGAUGACGAUGAUGCCGAUGUUGCCCCGGUCAGAGAUAAGAACGUGGUUAUCGUCCUUGACUCUGAGGAAGAUUCCCUGUUUGGGAGCGAGGAAGAUGGCAGUUUUGAGGAUGUAGAGGGGUCUGAAUUUCUUGAGAAUCAGACUUCUCCAUCCAUGAACUCAUGCAUGCACCUCCACAUCGAUCUACUGAACAUAUUAAUGCCCACCCCGGGUCCUAACUUUUGGGCAUCACAGUACAAGUAGGAAAGUUCCUUUCCUUUCACUCUAAUUCUUUCUGAUUUUAUUCUGAAUUGAAUUUCAAAUCUGUGUUGCUCUUAAGUGGAGAGUGUGUACUGUGAUGAGCAUUUUCCUAUGAAUAUGUUAAGUCUGUACUUAACAUUUU